CGACUAUAUGGGAGGAAAUUUAGCAGAGAAGACCACGUGCUUUUUAUCAAAUUGUUGUAUGAGUUGGUAACAAUUCCAAAACUAGAGAUCAGCAUGAUGCAAGGAUUUGCACGCCUGUUGAUAAACCUGUUAAAGAAAAAAGAACUGCUUUCCAGGGAUGAUCUAGAGUUACCAUGGAGACCACUUUAUGAAAUGUUGGAAAGGAUAUUAUACUCCAAAACAGAACAUCUCGGAUUAAAUUGGUUCCCCAAUUCUGUAGAAAGUGUUCUGAAAACACUUGUGAAGAGCUGCAGACCAUAUUUUCCAGAAGAUGCCACUGCAGAGAUGCUAGAUGAGUGGAGACCUUUAAUGUGCCCAUUCGAUGUCACUAUGCAAAAGGCUAUUACCUACUUUGAACUGUUUCUACCUACUACCCUUCCCCCUGAACUUCACCAGAAAGGUUUCAGGCUUUGGUUUGAUGAAUUUAUAGGCCUUUGGGUGUCAGUUCAAAAUCUUCCCCAAUGGGAAGGGCAUCUAGUAAAUCUUUUUGCUCGCUUGGCCACUGACAACAUUGGGUACAUAGACUGGGAUCCGUAUGUACCAAAGAUUUUUACCAGAAUUUUGAGGAGUUUAAAUCUUCCAGUGGGAAGCAAUCAAGUUGUUGUUCCAAGGUUCUUAACGAAUGCUUAUGAUGUAGGACAUGCAGUAAUGUGGAUCACAGCCAUGAUGGGUGGACCAAGUAAACUGGUACAGAAGCACUUGUCUGGAUUGUUCAAUAGCAUUGCCUCUUUUUAUCAUCCUUCAAAUAAUGGGCGCUGGCUGAACAAGCUGAUGAAACUACUUCAGAGGUUACCCAGUGGUGUUGUCAGAAGGCUGCAUCGUGAGCGCUACAAGAAAGUGACUUGGUUAACUCCUGUGCCUGAUAGUCAUAAACUUACCGAUCAGGAUGUAACAGACUUUGUAGGAUGCAUUAUUCAACCUGUUCUUCUGGCUAUGUUUAGUAAAACUGGAAGCCUGGAGGCUGCCCAAGCCCUGCAGAACCUUGCACUGAUGCGUCCUGAAUUAGUAAUUCCACCUGUACUUGAGAAAACAUAUCCUGCACUUGAGACAUUGACAGAACCUCAUCAGCUCACAGCUACUUUAAGCUGUGUCAUUGGUGUAGCUCGCAGCCUCGUGUCUGGAGGGAAGUGGUUUCCUGAAGGUCCGACGCACAUGCUACCUCUGCUGAUGAGAGCAUUGCCUGGGGUGGAUCCAAAUGACUUCAGCAAAUGCAUGAUUACAUUCCAGUUCAUUGCAACGUUUUCUACUUUGGUGCCUUUAGUAGAUUGUUCAUCUGUAUUGCAAGAAAGAGAUGAUCUUUCAGAGGUGGAAAGAGAAUUGUGCUCUGCAACUGCUGAAUUUGAGGAUUUUGUACUGCAGUUUAUGGAUAGAUGCUUUGGACUUAUAGAGAGCAGCACACUAGAACAAACCAGAGAGGAGACUGAAACUGAGAAAAUGACUCAUCUAGAGAGUCUGGUGGAAUUAGGUCUCUCUUCUACCUUCAGUACAAUCCUUACUCAGUGUUCAAAGGACAUUUUUAAGGUUGCCUUGGAGAAAGUUUUUAACUUUGCUGUUUCGAAUAUAUUUGAGACAAGAGUUGCUGGUCGAAUGGUUGCCGAUAUGUGCCGAGCUGCGGUAAAAUGCCGCCCCGAGGAGUCCUUGAAGUUGUUUGUACCACAUUGCUGCAAUGUUAUAACUCAUCUCACAGUCAAUGAGGAUGUAUUACGUGAUGAAGAACUCGAUAAGGAGCUACUUUGGAAUCUUCAGCUUUUGUCAGAGAUCACUCGAGUGGAUGGAAAGAAGUUGCUACCGUACAGGGAGCAGCUUGGGAAGAUACUGCAGCGAACCCUACAUUUAACCUGUAAGCAGGGUUACAUUCUGUCUUGUAACCUACUGCACCACCUUCUUCGUUCUGCUACACUUAUCUACCCCACAGAGUACUGCAGUGUGCCAGGUGGCUUUGACAAGCCUCUUUCUGAAUACUUUCCUAUCAAGGACUGGGGUAAACCAGGUGACUUGUGGAACUUGGACAUCCAGUGGCAUGUUCCUUCAUCUGAGGAAAUAAACUUUGCUUUUUAUUUGCUGGAUACUUUUCUUCAGCCUGAGCUCACUCGACUGGAGCACUAUGCAGCUGGAAAACUAGAAAUGUCCAGAGAUGAUGUGCAGCAGUGUCUUGCUAUAGUGCACAACUGCUUGAUUGGUUCUGGGAACGUUCUGCCUCCUCUAAAAGGAGAAAGGGUAGCUCAUCUGGUCCCCAGUCUGGUGUCUUUAGAAGAGACCAAGCUGUACACCGGUGUUGAAUAUGAUUUAUCCAGAGAGAAUUAUCGGGAAACAAUCGCAAGGGUUACAAGGAAAUUGCUGCACUAUAUACUUGAUAACUCAGAAGAUGAUACCAAGUCUUUAUUUCUAAUAAUAAAGAUUAUUAGUGAUGUUUUGCAGUUCCAAGGAUCUCACAAGCAUGAGUUUGAUUCACGAUGGAAAAGCUUUAAUCUAGUGAAAAAAUCAAUGGAGAACAGGCUUCAAGGAAAAAAACAACAUAUCAGAGCUUUGCUGAUAGACAGAGUUAUGUUGCAGCAUGAGCUGAGAACACUAACAAUGGAAGGUUGUGAAUACAAAACUUCCCACCAGGAAAUGAUCAGAGAUCUUUUGUGUUUGUCCACAAGUUCAUAUGGUCAGGUCAGAAGCAAAGCUCAGCAAGCAUUCUUCACAGCUCUGGGAACGUACAAUUUUUGUUGCAGAGAUAUCAUUCCCUUGGUUUUGGAAUUUUUGCGUCCAGACCGGCAAGAUGUCACUCAAAAGCAAUUUAAAGGUGCCUUAUAUUGUCUUCUCGGAAAUCACAGUGGAGUGUGCUUGGCAAAUCUUCACGACUGGGAUUGCAUUGCGCAGACGUGGCCAGCCAUUGUUUCUUCUGGGCUUAGCAAAGCAAUGUCCUUGGAAAAACCAUCCAUCGUUAGACUCUUUGACGACCUAGCAGAAAAAAUCCACAGGCAGUAUGAAACGAUUGGAUUGGAUUUUGCAGUUCCAGAGAAAUGCAUUGAGAUAGCCAUUAUGCUGCAAAAAUCAGAACAUUCAAGUUCAAGCUUCACAGGCCUUCGUUCAGAAGAAAUUCAGUUAGGAAUUCAGCGACAGAAAGAAAAGAAUGCUGAGGCUCUGCGAAACUAUGAAAAUUUGGUCAACAUGCUGCUAGACUGUGUGGAACAAAGAAAUCUUCCCUGGAAGUUUGAGCACAUAAGCAUUGGAUUUCUGUCUCUGCUCCUGAGGGAUGAUAGGGUGCUGCCCGUCCGUGCCAUAAAGUUUUUCGUGCAGUGUCUCAACCACGAUGCAAUUGUAGUUCGUAAGGUGGCCAUCUCAGCUGUGGCUGGUAUUCUUAAGCAACUUAAGAGAACACACAAGAAAGUGCCCAUCUGCCCUUAUGAAAUAAGUGGAAACCCUAAGCCUUCCAACAUUCAGGCUGGCGACAGGCCGGAUAACCAGUGGCUGCACUAUGACAGUCAGCGCUUACCAAAGACAAAGGAAGCGUGGGAGGCGUGUUGUUUUGUGGAGAAGACGCACUGGGGGUAUUAUACCUGGCCUCGAACUAUGACAGUUUAUGCUCCAGUUGAGCAUCAACCAAAGCUUGGACGAAGGAGAGACGAGCUGACAGAGGCAGAACAAAUUAUAUAUGAUCACUUUUCUGAUCCCAAGUUUGUCGAGCAGUUAAUAAAAUUUCUGUCUUUAGAAGACAGAAAAGGAAAAGACAAAUUUAAUCCUCGCAGAUUUUGUCUCUUCAAGGGCCUUUUCAGAAACUUUGAUGAUGCCUUCUUGCCAGUUCUUCAGCCUCAUUUAGAACAGCUUGUGGCAGACUCCCACGAAAGCACCCAGAGAUGUUUAGCUGAAAUUAUAGCUGGCUUAAUAAGAGGUUCUAAACACUGGACGUUUGAGAAGGUGGAAAAACUUUGGAAGCUUCUCUGUCCAUUGCUUCGAACGGCUUUAUCCAACAUUACAGUGGAAACCUAUAACGAUUGGGGCACAUGCAUAGCAACCUCCUGUGAGAGCAGAGAUCCUAGGAAACUGCACUGGCUGUUUGAAUUGCUGUUGGAAUCUCCAUUGAAUGGUGAAGGAGGAUCAUUUGUAGAUGCAUGCCGACUCUAUGUGCUGCAAGGUGGCCUUGCCCAGCAGGAGUGGAGAGUGCCUGAGCUGUUGCACAGACUGCUCAAGUACUUGGAACCCAAACUCACACAGGUUUACAAAAACGUCCGAGAGAGAAUAGGAAGUGUUUUGACCUACAUAUUCAUGAUAGAUGUUUCCUUGCCAAAUACUGCUGCAACUAAAUCUCCUCGCAUCCAUGAAUUUACUACCCGGAUACUUGAAAAUCUUAAACCCCUCAUGGAGGCAGAUGAAGAGAUUCAGAAUCACGUUAUGGAAGAGAAUGGAGUUGGUGAACAAGACGAGAGAACUCAGGGCAUUAAACUCUUGAAAACUAUUCUAAAGUGGCUGAUGGCAAGUGCGGGACGGUCCUUCUCUACAGCCGUCACAGAGCAACUCCAGCUUUUACCCUUAUUUUUCAAGAUUGCACCAGUAGAAAAUGACAAUAGCUAUGAUGAGCUCAAAAGAGAUGCUAAGAUGUGUUUGUCAUUAAUGUCUCAGGGUUUGCUGUAUCCUCAGCAAGUGCCUUUGGUACUUCAGGUGCUAAAACAAACAGCAAGAAGCAAUUCUUGGCACGCUAGGUAUACAAUAUUAACCUACCUCCAGACCAUGGUGUUCUACAAUCUCUUUAUCUUUCUCAACAAUGAAGAAGCUGUCAAUGACAUUAGAUGGCUGGUUAUAAAACUUCUCGAAGAUGAACAGCUUGAGGUGAGAGAAAUGGCUGCCACGACAUUAAGCGGUUUGCUGCAGUGCAAUUUUCUCACCAUGGAUGGGCCCAUGCAGACCCAUUUCGAGCAACUGUGCAAGAUGAGGUUACCAAAAAAACGCAAGCGAGACCUGGGUGCAGCGGUGGAUACAAUUCCUUCUGGUGACCUGGUGAAGCGCCACGCUGGUGUACUGGGACUGAGCGCAUGUAUUUUGUCAAGUCCGUAUGACGUACCCACGUGGAUGCCACAGCUCUUGAUGGAUCUCAGUGCCCACCUUAAUGAUCCACAGCCUAUCGAGAUGACUGUGAAAAAAACGCUGUCGAAUUUCCGGAGGACCCACCAUGACAACUGGCAGGAACAUAAGCAGCAGUUCACGGAUGACCAGCUCCUAGUGCUUACUGACCUUCUGGUUUCACCGUGCUAUUAUGCAUAG